GUUUUUCAAUGUCUACUUCCUCUGAGAUUGUGGAUUCCAAUCCUCUUCCCAACUCCAAUUUCUCACAUACCUUCAACCUUUUCACUCAAUACUUGAAGAAGAAGAAGAAGGAGCAAGAGAACACACAUCUCCCUCUUGGUAUGGCAUCAUCCACCAUGAAUUUGUUCCCGGUGACCAUCAAAUCUACUCACCCAGAUGUUGCUAUUGCUAAUGGUUUCCCCCAACUAGUCCCAAACAAGGUUGAGCCUGAAUCAACCCAAAUGACCAUCUUUUUUGCAGGGCAGGUGAUGGUGGUUGAUGAUGACAAGGCCAUGGAAAUAUUUAUGAUGUUGGGUGGGAGUGAGAAAGGAAAGGAUUGGAUUCCCAAAACAGAACCUUCGGAUCUGGUUGCAUCAACACACAUAACAAGGAUGGAGAAGCAAGGCGUUAGGAUACCAGGUCUUCCUAUUGCAAGGAAAGCUUCCCUUGCUCGAUUCUUGGAGAAGAGAAAAGAGAGGAUCACGGCAAGAGCACCCUACCACUACCACUACCACAGUGACAAGGCAUCAUCGACAAGGGAAUCUUCCUGAUCAUCGUUAACUACUACUACAAGUAUUGUCAUUUCUCAUGGUUUUUACCAAGGCUUGUAUCUCAUCCAUCAUGUCUUGGGAGUAGGAGGGUUAUACACGACAAGAUGUCUUUCUAACUGUUUUUACAUCCUAUCGUAUCCUUCUGUUAUGAUUUAAGUCAAUGAAAUUAAUUUUCAUUGUGUUUUAUCCAUCAUAUUAAUCUUAAUCUUAAUCUUAAUGUAUUGUAUUAUGUAUUAUGUAUUAUAAACUAUGUUUGAGGCAAGUUGAUUUGUUGCUUUCUGUUUACUCAUCACAUCAGAUGUAUACAUUUAGCAGACUUGUUAUAAUAUUACAUAUUUUAUAUC